CAAAUGAGUCACCUAUUUUCAAAUUCAGGGCUGAGAAGCUAUAUAAAUUUCUCUAGCCUCUGGCAGAAAACAGCAAACCAACCAUAGAUCUGAGAACCAUCCUCUCUGGUCAGCAGCUAUGCAGCUGGCCAUGCUGUGCACUGUGUGUCUGCUGCCCAGCAGCCUGGCCCUGCCGCUUCCCCGGGAGGCAGGAGGCAUGAGUGAGCUGCAGUGGAAACAGGCUCAGGACUAUCUCAAGAGAUUUUAUCCAUCCAGUUCAAAAAUAAGAGAUCCCAAUAGUUUAGAAGCCAAACUCAAGGAGAUGCAAAAAUUCUUUCGCCUGCCCGUAAAUGGAAUCUUAAACUCCUACAUCAUAGAAAUAAUGCAGAAACCCAGAUGUGGAGUGCCAGAUGUUGCAGAAUACUCGCUAUUCCCAGAUAGUCCAAAAUGGACUUCCAAUGUAGUCACCUACAGGGUCGUAUCACAUCCUCGAGAAUUAUCACUUGUCAUAGUGAAUCAAUUAGUGGCAAAGGCCUUGAAAAUGUGGAGCGAAGAGAUCCCACUGCACUUCAAGAGAGUUAGCUGGGGAACUGCUGAUAUCAUGAUUGGCUUUGCAAGAGGAGCUCACGGGGACCCCUACCCAUUUGAUGGACCAGGAAACACACUGGCUCAUGCCUUUUCACCUGGGCCAGGCCUUGGAGGAGAUGCUCACUUUGAUGAGGAUGAACGCUGGACUGAUGGUAGCAGUAUAGGAAUUAAUUUCCUGUUCGCUGCAACUCAUGAAUUUGGCCAUUCUUUGGGUCUGGGACAUUCAUCUGACCCCAGUGCCGUGAUGUAUCCAACCUAUAGAGACGGAGAUCCCAAGAAUUUCAAACUUUCACGGGAUGAUAUCAAAGGAAUUCAGAAAUUAUACGGAGAGAGAAGUGAUUCAAGAAUGAAUUAGAAACUUCAGGGAGAACUCACAAUCAUUCAUUGGAUUCUAUAUCAUUAUUCCCCAACCAGAAUUGAUGAAUGCUGUUCCUGCUCUCCAUUUAGUACUUACUUCAUCCUUCCCUGUAUUGAGGUUGGUUUUUGUACGUCUUUCUUUCCCUCUGGGGAUAAGCUCUUUUAUGACACAAUUGUGUCUUCAUCUAUAACUCUCCUCAAGCAAAUCGAACUUAGCAAAUGUCAAUGAAUGUUAAAUACACAGAUAAAUAAAAAUUUUUUCCAUAGUAAAAUGA